AUGUGAUAAUUAUUUGUAGUGUCAAGGACGUUCUUGCUUAGUUAGUUUGUUUAGUUGUUUCAUUUCCAUUUGCAACAAAAAAAAAAAAAAAAAAGAGUAAUCAAUGGCAAUGCUGUAAUUACCCCACAAAAGUGUGUGCUAAAGGAAACCAGUCUCCACCCUCACUCCACACCUAUAAAACCCGUAACCAGCAUCACCAACUACACAUUCUCUCAAAAACCCCAAACCUCUUCUCUGAAACAAUGGCAUCACGCUACGAACUCGAAACGAAGCUAUCAUCAGCUCGCGGCUUGAAGAACGUGAACUGGCGCCACGGCCCAAACAAGCCAUACGCCGUCGUGUGGGUCGACCCGAAGAACAAAUUCUCGACCAGAGCCGACGAAAACGGCGACACCGAAGCCAAUUGGGACCAGACCCUCACGAUCCCUCUACCACCGGAGCCGCUUGAAGAUCUCACGCUCUUCAUCGACGUCGUCCACUUCGGCUCCGAGGAAGACACCAAGCCGCUCAUCGGCUCGGCUAAGCUCAAGCUGAGGGAGAUUCUCGAUGAAGCCGGGAUCGGCGAUCGAGCCAGCCGCGCCCUCACGCUGAAACGCCCUUCCGGGAGGCCGCAAGGGAAGGUGGACGUGAAGGUGGCGAUCAAAGAGUCCGGCUACCGUGCGCCGCCGCCGGGUGCGUAUUACGCUGCAUCUCCCUACGGCGUUCCUCCUGCUCAGUCGCGUGAUUAUUCCCAUGCUCCGCCGGCGUAUGGAGCACCGUACGGUGCUCCGCCGCAGGAUCCGUAUUACUCCGCCGCGCCGCCGUCGGGGUAUCCUUACAAUGCGCCGCCGCAGACGGCAGCGUAUGGUGGUCAGGGGUAUCCUGGUCAAACGGCGUCGUAUGGACAGGGGUAUCAGGGUCAAACGGCGUCGUAUGGUGGACAGGGGUAUUCGGGGCAAACGGCGUCGUAUGGGUAUACUGAGGAGAAGAAGAAGAGUAAGUUUGGGGGGAUGGGGACAGGAUUGGCUGUAGGCGCGGUGGCUGGGGUUCUAGGUGGAAUCGCAUUGGUGGAAGGUGCGGAGUAUGUUGAGGAUAAGAUUGCUGACGAUGCUGCGGAAAAAGUUGAAGAUGAUCUUGGCUUUGAUGGAGACGAUGGUUACGAUGGUGACGAUUUCUAAGUAGUCUUUGUACUUUCUGAGCCACCAAACCAGUAAAAAAAAGAUAGAAUAUGCUAUGCUAAUUUCAAAACAGAAAAAGAAUAUGCUAUGCUGCUUCAAGAAGAAUCCAAGGCAUUAUUUGGAGUUGGACAUUGGCAUAGAAUAUUUGGGCAAGGGUAACAUGGAAAAAGAUGCUUUGAUUCUCUCCUCUGUAAUUUAGCUUUGUUUGGUUUUCUCUUUCUUGAAACAUGGCAGCUAGUUUAUUAUUGAAAUUUGUUGUGAUAGGUGUUGGUGGUUGUCUUUCUUGCAUCUGUGAACACCAAUAUUGCUUUGAUACGAGUGUUUCAUUGUUUGUA